CAACUCCAGCACAGUUAAUUUGGAGUGGUCUAAGGAGAAAUAUCAAGAUGUUGAAGCUUGUAUUAUUUGUAUUGGGCGUGUUCCUCGUUGCAGAAUCCUCUUGCCAGCGAUUUGUUCAACCUACGUUCAGACCUCCCCCGAGGAAGCCUAUAUUGAUUCGCAAAGUACGAGCCGCAAGUGACGAUGAGCCACUAUGGUUAUACAAAGGAGACAAUAUAGACCGGGCACCGAGCUCGGCUGACCAUCCAUUCCUGCCCCAGUUUACAGAUGACGUGAAGUUGGAUCCGAAUAGGAGAUAUGCUCGCAGCUUGGAUUCUCCUAGUGCCAAACGUGGUGGAGGAAGUCAUUCAACGUCAAGUGGAAGCCGGGACACGGGGGCUACUCAUCCCGGACACAACCGGAGAAACGCAAGGUCAAUAAGGCUGCCUGAACAAUUUACUUUACCGCCUUUCUUUCCAAAACCACCACGCCCGAUAACAGAUACCAAGCCGUUCCCUAUUUACGCUCGAGUGACUCGAGAUAUACAGCUACCAGGUGUAAGGAAACCUUCGCAUCGUGACGUCAUCAUACCUAAUUGGAAUCCUAACGUACGUACCAACCCUUGGCAGCGCUUUGGAGUUUCGAAGAAUCGUCGUCAUUAGAUGUGACGUCAGUAAAAGUAGAGAUUUGUAAUUUUAAAAUAUAAAUAGUAAUUUAAGGCUAGUAAUAAAAUUAAGAAAAAUAUUUAA